AUGCAUUUCCUUAAGCUUACUGCCACCGCUGCCCUCUUGGGUCAGGCUGCUGCGUCCCUCCCCGUCCUCGACUUCGUCUCCAACCUCAUCCACCUAAAUACAGGUGACUCUGUCGACUCCGAGGUCCCAUACGUCCGCUCGUAUUUCUACGUCGGAGGGGGCUACGUCGACGAUGGCUCCGGAGGUCACAUCUUCCGUGAUCAGAUGUACGUUGAGAAGCUACUCCCCGUGCUCGGGGUUACCCAAAGUACACCGAUCGUCCUCAUCCAUGGACAGGCUCAGACGGGAAGCAACUUUCUCAACAAGCCUGAUGGCGGCAGAGGGUGGGCUUCUCGCUUCGUGGAGCAGGGCUACGAAGUCUACAUCGUUGAUCAGACAUUCCGUGGCCGCUCCGCCUGGAUGCCCGGCUACGGCGCCUCCGAGCCCUCCACCUACUCUGCCGAGAUCAUUCAGCAGCGCUUCACCGCCGUCCAAAAGUACAACAUCUGGCCCCAGGCAGUGAAUCACACCCAAUGGCCCGGCACAGGCAUGAUGGGCGACGAGGUCUUUGAUGCAUUUUACAGCUCCAACCUUCAGUUCGUCAACAACGGCACCUACCAGCAGAAGACCGUCCAGGACGCCGGCGCCCUUCUUCUAGACAAGAUUGGCAAGCCCGUCGUCCUUGUCGGUCACAGCCAAGGUGGACUCAUGCCCAUCAUUAUUGCCGACGCCCGCCCCGAGCUCACCAAGGCUCUGGUCCUUCUUGAGCCCACUGGACCUCCCUUUCAGGAGGCCAUCUUCAGCAACAAGUCGUCUCGCGCCUACGGUCUCACCGACAUCCCUGUCGCCUACUAUCCCGAGGUCAUCGACCCCGCCACCGACCUCGUACAGCAGGUAUACCCUGCCAAGGGCAAGAACUUCGUCCAGUGUGUCCUUCAGGCCGAGGAGCCUUCCCCGCGCCAGCUUAUCAACCUCGUCGAUAAGCCUAUCGUUCUCGUCACGUCUGAGGCGUCCUACCACGCGCCCUACGAUCACUGCACCGUUGAGUUUCUGCAGCAAGCGGGUUGCAGCAAGACUGAGCACCUCGAGCUCGCCAAGAUUGGGAUCCACGGCAAUGGCCACAUGUUUUUCAUGGAGAAGAACAGCGACCAGAUCCAGAAAGCGCUGCGAGAUUGGAUCCAGGCCCUGUAA